GAACAUAUCCAAGACUAGCUUUGCAACAACGUUGCUGGCUUGUUUGCCAUACAACGAAUAACAACAACACACACGACAUAUCUUGACACACUGGUUGUGAUCAACAUACCUACCUACCUACCUUUUCCCCCUACCUUACCGAACCUACCUUACUACCUACACCUACAUCUACAUCACACACAACCUUCACCAUGACUUCACGAAUGGAUUUCACAGACCGUGCGCAGAAAGCCAUCGAGGACGCAAUGUCCAUGGCUGAGCAGUACGGCCACUCACAGCUACUGCCAGUCCACCUAGCUGUAGCUCUCCUCGAGCCCCCGAUCGACCAGUCCAAGGACCAGCAGAAUGGCCCUCAGCAGACCACCGUCACAUUAUUCCGACAAGCCAUCGAGCGAGCACACGGAGAUCCUCAGCUUGUCGACAGAGCGCUGAAGAAGAACCUGGUGCGGCUGCCAAGCCAGGACCCCCCGCCUGAGCAGGUCUCCCUUUCACCCUCAUUCCACGCCGUCCUGAGGAAAGCUCAGGAGCUGCAGAGGGUCCAAAAGGAUACCUACAUUGCCAUCGACCACCUCAUCACGGCUCUGGCGGAGGACGCCGGAAUUCAAGCCGUCCUGAAGGAGGGCAAUAUUCCCAAGCCCAAGCUGCUCCAGGAAGCUAUCCAGGCCAUUCGCGGCACCAAGCGGGUCGACAGCAAGAACGCAGACACGGAAUCAGAAAACGAGAACCUGGCCAAGUUCACCAUCGACAUGACCGCCCUGGCGAGAGAGAAGAAGAUCGACCCGGUGAUCGGCCGAGAAGAAGAGAUCCGACGGGUCGUCCGAAUCCUGUCCCGCAGAACAAAGAACAACCCGGUCCUGAUUGGUGAGCCUGGUGUCGGCAAGACCACCGUCGUCGAGGGCCUGGCACAGCGUAUUGUCAACCGAGACGUGCCCGACAACCUCAAGGCUUGCAAGCUCCUCUCGCUCGACGUCGGUGCUCUUGUUGCUGGCAGCAAGUUCCGUGGUGAGUUCGAGGAGAGAAUGAAGGGUGUUCUCAAGGAGAUUUCCGAGUCCAAGGACAUGAUCAUCCUCUUCGUCGACGAGAUCCAUCUUCUCAUGGGAGCUGGAUCAUCCGGCGAAGGCGGCAUGGACGCUGCCAACCUGCUCAAGCCCAUGCUUGCCCGUGGUCAGCUGCACUGCAUUGGUGCCACCACGCUGGCCGAGUACCGCAAGUACAUCGAGAAGGAUGCUGCCUUUGAGCGUCGGUUCCAACAGGUUAUCGUCAAGGAGCCAUCCAUCACCGAGACCAUCUCUAUCCUGCGUGGCUUGAAGCCCAAGUAUGACAGCCACCACAAGGUCAGCAUUCUCGACAGCGCCCUCGUGGCUGCUGCCAACCUUGCAGCGCGGUACUUGACAGCUCGACGACUGCCCGACUCGGCUAUCGAUCUCAUCGACGAAGCCGCCGCGGCAGUCCGAGUUGCCAGAGAGUCUCAGCCUGAGAUCAUCGAUCACCUUGAGCGCAAGCUGAGACAGCUGAAGAUUGAGAUUGCGGCUCUGGAGAAGGAGCACGACGAGGCGUCCCAGAUCCGUCUGGCGCAGGCCAAGAAGGAUGCGCAGAACGUGGAGGAGGAGCUGCAGCCGCUCCGCGAGAAGUACCAGAACGACAUCAAGCGGAACGACGAGAUCCACCAAGCCAAGGACAAGCUCGACGACCUGAAGAGGCGCCUCGAGGAUGCCAUCAACGCCGGCAACCACCAGCGGGCCGCCGAUCUCAAGUACGGCGCCAUCCAAGAGCAGGAGGCGCUGAUUAGGAAGUUGGAGGAGAAGAAGAACGCUGCAGAUGUCGCCCUCAACGCCAGCGGCGAGAACACUGUCAUGGUCACCGACAUCGUGACGGCUGAUAACAUCAAUGAGAUCGUUGCCAAGUGGACCGGCAUUCCCGUCACCCGACUCCGCACAUCAGAGAAGGAGAAGCUUAUCCAGAUGGAAAAGGUCCUCAGCAAGGUUGUCGUUGGCCAGAAGGAGGCUGUCCAGUCUGUCGCCAACGCCAUCCGACUCCAGCGCUCUGGCCUCAGCAACCCCAACCAGCCGCCCAGCUUCCUCUUCUGUGGUCCUUCGGGUACUGGCAAGACGCUCCUCACCAAGGCGCUGGCCGAGUUCCUGUUUGACGACCCCAAGGCCAUGAUCCGCUUCGACAUGUCCGAGUACCAGGAGCGGCACUCGCUGAGCCGUAUGAUUGGUGCUCCGCCAGGAUAUGUCGGCCACGACGCUGGUGGCCAGCUGACUGAGGCACUCCGACGCAAGCCAUUCUCCAUCCUGCUGUUCGACGAAGUGGAGAAGGCAGCCAAGGAAAUCCUGACAGUGCUUCUCCAGCUCAUGGAUGACGGCCGCAUCACGGAUGGCCAGGGCAGAGUCAUUGACUGCAAGAACUGCAUUGUCGUCAUGACCUCCAACCUGGGAGCCGAGUACCUCGUCCGCCCUGGCGUGAAGGAGGGUAAGGUGGAUGCCAACACCAAGGAGCUGGUGAUGGGCGCUCUCCGCAACUACUUCCUGCCCGAGUUCUUGAACCGUAUCAACUCGGUCGUCAUCUUCAACAGACUGACGCGCAAGGAGAUUCGCAAGAUUGUCGACUUGCGUAUCAGCGAGAUCCAGAAGCGUCUGGAAGACAACGGCCGCAAGGUUACCAUCUCGGUCUCGGAAGAGGCCAAGGACUACUUGGGCAACGCCGGCUACUCGCCCGCAUACGGCGCUCGUCCACUGGCUCGGUUGAUUGAGAAGGAGGUGCUCAACAAACUCGCCAUCCUCAUCCUCCGCAACGCCAUCCGCGACGGCGAGACGGCGCGCGUGGAGCUUGAUGACAACAAGAUUGUUGUGCUGUCGAACCACCCCGACAGCGGAACAGAUGAUGAUGACGAAGACAUGUUUGAUGAGGAGGAUGUUGAGGAUGUGAUUGGAGAGGACAUGGAUGAGGACAUUUAUGAUUAAAACACCCGAGAUUGAGGGGUGGACGAAGUUUGACUGAGAGGGUUGAUGACUGAGAAGUUUGAGAAGUCUUAAAUGUUUCAUGAUUUACAGGGCAUACGGAGUUAAGGGAUCUGGCAAGCAUGGUUUGUUUGAGUGGUUUUCAUUAAUGGGUCCUCUACCUAGGUAGAAAUGAGAUGAAUUUUUAUU